CAACUCGGAGAAUAUCGCUUACUCGUCUUUAAAUCGUUUUCGAAUGUCAGUACGAUUAUAAGGUUUCAUUCAUAAAUACGUGUUACAAAAGUUUUUCUGACUAAUCCAAGCAAUUCAAGUAGGAUUACGUGUUAUUUUAAAAUGAACAGAAGACAAAAUCGUGUCGAUUGUUGAUCACAUGAUUUCUAGAUGCGCGCGCAGACAUUGCGGUGUCUGCUAGUCGGGCAUCACGCGUUAACAUUUGUUUACAUUUUAUUUUUGUUUAAAGAAUUAACAAUUACCAAGAAUUUGAUUGUUCAAGCAGUGUAGAGAUGGGUCACGUACGUAAUUCUUCAUCCAUAUUUGGUAUUCUUCAAUAUACGCCAAAAAUCUAUUGUUAGAAACUUACAUGAUUGAAUCAUGAUGAAGCCCAGGUUUAAUAAACUUUUCACAUUGUUGGUUAUUUGGAGACUUGCUUCAGUUUUCAUUGUUCAAACAUCUCAUGUACCAGAUGAAUAUUGGCAGUCACUAGAAGUUGCCCAUAAGCUGUCAUUUGGUUAUGGAUACAUGACUUGGGAGUGGCAGGCUGGAAUUAGAAGUUAUUUGUAUCCAUUUUUUUUAUCAAUUUUCUAUUUUAUUGUAAAAUUUGUCAACGCUGAUUUUCCAUUAGUAAUCAUAUUUGGACCCAGAGUUUUUCAAGCUCUACUUAGUGCAUAUGCUGAUUACAGUUUUUACACAUGGACUAAUAGCAAGUUAGCAUUGUUAAGCCUUUGUGUAAACUGGUAUUGGUAUUAUUGUGCUACAAGAACGCUUAUCAAUAGUUUUGAGACUUGCUUAACCAUCAUUGCACUUUCAAAAUAUCCAUGGUCUGGUCAUCAAGUCAAAAACACUACAUUUCUUUGGAUAGUUGGGUUUCUAUGUUUCGCUAGACCAACUGCUACAGUGUUCUGGCUACCACUCUGUCUCUAUCAUGUUUGGAAAAACAAAUAUGUCAUGACGUGGUAUCUAGCAAUAGGCCUAUUUUAUUUAAUUAUUUCAACUUUAAUUGAUAGCAUGUGCUAUGGCAGGUUUACUCUGAGUCCUCUAGAGUUUUUCAAAAUCAAUGUGUUGAACAAAGUAUCCGAGCAAUAUGGAAAAAUGCAUGGAUUGUGGUAUUUAUUCUCAGGCUUGCCAGUGCUGCUAGGAAUCAAUUAUUGCAUUCUACCUUUGGUUGUCUACAAAGUCAUCAGUAAUGGCAAUAACUAUCAAAAAUCGUUACUUUUUACAGUUACAAUUGUUUGUAGUCUAGUCAUAUAUUCCCUAAUUGGUCACAAAGAAUUCCGAUUUAUUCUUCCUCUUUUGCCUAUGCUGAUUUUUGUCAUAAACGAAACCAUAUUUCAAGAGAGAGUUGGUAAAACAAAAAAGAAACUCUUCGUAUUCACGUUGAUCGUCAGUAAUGUUUUUCCUGGCAUCUACUUUUCUGUAUUACAUCAAAAAGGGCCGUUAGAAAUUAUGUCGCAUCUCAGAAAUGACUUGGAGACCAUGAGAAAUUCAGAGGUUGACAUUUUAUUCUUAACAACUUGUCACGCAACUCCUUACUACAGUCACCUGCACAGAAAUGUCUCGAUGCGCUUUUUAACUUGCGAACCAAACUUGAAAAGUAGCAAAGAUUACAUCGACGAAACAGAUAAAUUUCGCCGAAAUCCUAUGAAUUGGUUGGAGAUCAAUUAUUUGAACAACAGAAACAUUGCUCGUUUACCUAGUCACGUUGUUAUAGAUGAUUCGAUAAUAGACAAAGUUGAACCAUUUUUAAGACAUUAUAUAAGACUGAUCUAUUGCGAAGAUACGCAUUUUGCUCAACAUGGGGAGUUCAAUGGAUAUGUGAUAUAUAAGCAUCAUACAAUAAAGUCUUUCGAUAGCGAUAAAAGUAAAAAACAUAAUAGCGCCGAAUUUUGAUCGGACAUGUUUUCCUUCAUCGUAGUUUCUAUUUUAAGGAAGCAGAUAAACGUCUGGAGGAGAUAUGCGAAAGCUUAGACAACUUAACGAUCGACAGCCUACAGUUGAUGGAAGAAAAAAUACUAUUGAACGUGCAACUUGAAAAUUUGCUCCGACAGGGACACAUAGAUUUGGC